GAAUAUUUAUCUGAAACCUUGGAUCGUUUGGUAUAUUGCAAAGAGCAAGAUGUAAAAUAUACAAAGAUACGCAUUUCAAAGUUUAAUUCGAAUGAAGCGGAUAUAAUUCUUUGUAUUCAAAUAUUUAAAGAACUUCAUGAGAUAGGUGAAAGUAUCUUAAAAUAUGUUGAUGAUAUAUAUGAGAAAUUACUGGAGCAGAUCAAAGAUGUAGUUGAUGUGAAUUUGCUUCAAAAGGAGGUGAAAGAUUCAGGAAGUAUUCCGAUGAAAGGGAUUAGAAGGCUGGGAACUGAACCUUCUACUGGAGCUUCGUCGACAUUAUGGAAAAGAAUGAAGAUAUUAAUGAAUGAAAUAUGUGAAAGUUAUAUUCGUUUUCAAAAUGUACUUUCGAAGGAAAAAGAUCCCACGACUGAAUUAUCAUAUUUGAUAUUAGAAAGUGAAUUUCUACAAUGUUAUUGGAAGAUAAUUAAAGAAGCUACUAAAG